GAAAGCACAUGUUCAGGGGCCCCGUGGUACUCAGUUUGUGCUGGGGCCCAUUAUCUACCAGUUAACCCUUAGACCAUGGCAUAUAACGUUUGUCGGGCUCACCUGAGCUUGUACUCUGCACUUCUGUGGUGAGACUACAACUCCCAACAUGUCCUGACACAGCCUGUGGGGAGCCUCCCUGCCGCCGCCGCAGUACCCUCCUUUGGCCACACGAUGGCGGCAGCACACCCGCCGGCUGAGGAAGGAAGGGGGGGUUGUCUCAGUCCCUCCCGGCCGCACAAUGACUGACACGGACCAAAGUUAUCCCGGAAUAAUGGCAGCACGCAUGUGCACGGACCCGGAUGUGAUCCGCCCGCCGCAGCCCUGCCGGACCGAGCUGUGCCGAACCGGACCGGGCCAGGACAACCCCAAGCGGGUCCCAUGUAGGCUAAGUGCACCCCUCCCCCCGCCGGCGUGACCCGAGCUAGAAAUGUAAUAACCGGGCGGAGAUUAUAAUAACCGGGUGUUACAGGAGCCAGAAUAUGGAUUUCCGUGGGAAAAAGUAUGAACGUGGCAGCAACUGGUCGGACCCGGAGGUGGUGGAGCUGCUGCAGCUCUGGGGCAAUGAGUCGGUGCAGAUGGAGCUGGAGAGCUGCCUGAGGAACCAGCACGUCUUCAACCGGAUCGCAGACGUCCUGAGGGAGAAAGGGAUCCACCGCACCGGCGACCAGUGCCGCGAGAAGAUCAAGAAGAUGAAGCUGGAGUACCGGCGGCUGAAGGACAACAGUAAGACGCUGCGUGGCGGCCGAGCGUGGAAGUUCUACGAGGUCAUGGACCGGGUGCUGACCCACCGCCCGACCAUCUCCUAUGGAGCCAUGGGCCCCGGCGGGGUGCUGGGGCAGGCGGUCCUGCAGGGGCCGCUCUCGGACGGCUUCCACAACCACUUCCCUCAGUACGGCCAUGCCCAGCAUUCGGAUCUGAUGGAGAUCAAAUGUGAGGAGGUGCAAUCUGACGAGCAGUGUCUGACCCCCGAACCCCCCUCCAUGACCUACAUACACGACUCUGGGGCCGAGCAGGAAGAGGAGGAGCAGAGCCUGAUGGAGCGGGGGGCCCCCGACUCCCCCAUGUCGAGAGUGGAGGUGACCGAAGACGUCAGCGCGUCCCCCUCAGGCUUUAGCGAAUCCAACAUGGCCGGAUCGUCCGGGCAGGGCCGUCGCCAGCGGUUAUGGAGAAAGCGUAAAAACCACGAACCGUUGAACCAGCUGAUCUCCCAGAUGCUGAUGGCGCAGCGAGCGUCCGAGGAGCGCUUCCUCCAGAUGGAGGAGCGGCGGAUGGAGCAGGAGCAGGAGGCCGAGGAACGGAGGCUGCGCCUGGAGGAGCGGAGGCUGCAGCUGGACCGCCAGCACGAGCUGCGGAUGUUCACCGUUUUUGCCCAGAUGUUGGGCAUGAUACGCCAGGGGGGAGGGGCAGAGGCCACGCUCCCCACAGACGUCGGCCUUUCUCGAGAGGGGGACGUCGUAGGCAAGGGAGUAUCGGGGAAGGUGCAGCAGGAGUCCACAGUGGGGGACGUCUACAGCUGCAGCCAGUACUGCAGUCCCUAUCUCUCCACCCGCGGGAACAUCCUGAGCAGCUUCCAUGGAUCCGCCGAGGAGGGGUACAGAGCCUACCACGAAGACAAGUACGACGAGGACAAGAACCCCAAUGGAAUCAUCAACUUCGGCACCAGUGAGAACAAGCUGUGCUUUGAUCUGAUGUCCAAGCGGCUGACACAGAGUGACAUGAACGUGAUUGAGCCGCCGCUGCUGCAGUACCCGGACUGGAAGGGACACACCUUCCUGAGGGAGGAGGUGGCGCGUUUUUUUACCUAUUACUGUAAAGCACCUGCACCUUUAAAUCCUGAAAAUGUGGUCAUCUUGAAUGGCUGCGGCUCCCUGUUCUCCUCCUUGGCCGCGGUCCUGUGCGAUCCAGGAGAUGCGAUUCUGAUCGCCGCCCCCUUCUAUGGAGGAAUCACACAGAGUAUCUUCCUGUACAGUGGCAUCAAGCUGGUCUACGUGCACCUGGAGAGCAAGGUCACGUUACCGGGAAACCGUCCGUUCCAGCUGACCGUGGCGAAACUGGAAUCAACCAUGCAGACUGCCAAGGAGGAGGGCACUAAUGUAAAGGCAUUCAUCCUGUUAAAUCCGCAAAACCCCUUGGGAGACGUAUACUCUGCGGCUGAAAUGUUGGACUUCUUAGAAUUUGCCAAAAGGCACUCUUUGCACGUCAUAGUGGAUGAGAUUUAUAUGCUGUCCGUGUUUGACGAGUCUGUAGUGUUCCACAGCGUGCUGAGCCUGGACAAGCUUCCUGAUCCUCAGAGGACUCACGUUAUGUGGGGAAUUAGCAAGGACUUUGCCGUCUCAGGAGUUCGGUUUGGGACGCUCUACUCCCAGAAUCAGGACGUCUGCAAUGGCGUGGCCUCUCUCUGCUACUUCCACGGGGUCUGUGGCCCCAUGCAGUACAAGAUAGCUCAGCUGCUGCGUGACCGAGACUGGAUUAACCAGGUUUACUUACGUAUCAAUCACUCUCGCUUACGGGCGGCUCAGGCGUAUGUGGCAGACGAGCUCCGCGCCAUCGGCGUUCCCUUUCUAAACCGCAGCGCAGGAUUCUUCAUCUGGAUUGACUUCCGUAAGUACCUGCGGACUCCAACCUUUGAGGAAGAAGUCAGUCUAUGGAAGGAUUUCCUGGAUAAUAAGGUUCUCCUGUCUUGCGGGAAAGCCUUUGAAUGUUCGGAGCCCGGUUGGUUCAGGAUUAUAUUCUCAGACAAGACCCACCGGCUGCAGUUAGGAAUGCAGCGGAUCCGCAAGGUGCUUGAAAGGAGGGAGAAAGAGCUGCAGAUAGAAGAGCAGAAUCCCGUAGAAGAAGACGGCAAAGCGGACAGCACAGACGAGGUCAUCUACGUGUCUAGUCACCACGAACCUUCAGGCUCCAACCUGAGCGACCUCAUCGUUCAGCUCCAGAACCAGAUGCGAUCGUCCGACUGGCUGCGGCGAAACACGGCGGAAAACUUUGCUCAGCAGAACCCGGAGGUUUUCCAGGUGUAUAGCAAAUAUGUGGGAAAGCAAUGAGGCAGAUGGGGCCGGGGCGGUGUGUCUUCUGGAGUCCUGUUCCUGUCAGAAUAGACUGUAUAGGUGCUUCCAUCUUGUAUGGCCCAUCGGAAACCAGUUCAGGAUGGCUCCGCUCCAGCUGUUUGCAGCUUCUAUGAGUGGCUACAUAAAUAUGGCUGCCAGAAGACCUAUUUGUAUGACCUGAAGAUCGGGGGCUCGUCUGUAUCGUUGGGGCCAAGUAACUGGAAAUGUAACCAAAAAUAAUCUGUAGCACUUAAUGUACUGAAUAUUUGACACAUGCCCCCGACUUGUGCUAAACAGAGUAUUCUCCUGCAUUCGGUCUGUUUCAUUCUUCAUAAACUUCGUCAGGACCGGACCAUAGAAUGUGUCGGCAGAUAAGAACCAUUUGGCCCAUCUAGUCUGCCCAAUACCAUCAGCAUCAUGGAGGACAUUUGACAUCUC